AUGAGUAAGACAGGGGAGGAUCAAGAGCCGCAAAGGGGACUCCGCGCAUCGAGGACGACGGCAGCAUCUCAUCUCACCAACCAUCAUAUCGUGAUCGGCCAUGGAAACCUGCUUGGACCCAACAAUCGUUUAAAGUUCAGGGUCAUUCUGGAGCUGGGUUAUGUCCUUCCCCAGCUGUUGUUGGACCAGGGCUCGACAUCACGAUUGUGGCGAAGCGCAAACCAAGACAAAUAG